UCAUCAUGGGAAACCCUUGGCUCCCCCACCCCACCCCUGGCAUGAAAACUCUGGGUUUGGAGUAACAUACCGAGUUCUAGUUUGGAGAAGAAAGCACCUUUUAGUUGUGUGACUCUGGGCAAAUCAUUUAAGUUCUUUGUGCCUCAGCUUCUGCAUCAGAAAAUAGGGCUAAUGACCGUAUCUUUCUCAUAGAUUUAGGAUAAUUAAAUGAGUUGAUAUAUAAAGCAUUUAAAAACAGUUACUGGUAAAUAGUAAACACCCUAUAAAUAUUCAUUAAGACACAAAGAAACAUGUCAAAUUGGGAGACCCAGUGAGCAAAGGAAUCAGGAAAUUCCAAGUUUGUUUGCAAAGCUCUUCACUCCCAGGGCUUUAAUCCAGAUGCCCUUGUUGACUCCUACCCUCCUGCCUUUCCCAGUGACACUGGGGAGUGAGACAUAAAGCUCCUAUCCCAUCUCUUGGGAUUUUCCCCUCCCCUGGAAGGCCCAUAAUCUCCUAGCUUGUCAUUCUCUUCUCAGAAGUGAUUAGGGGCCAGGCUCCAAGGAUUAAAGGAGCAGUCUGUGGAGUGUCUGAGUAGGGGUACUCCACUUUGAGUUCAACCACUCUGCCCUCUAAGAAUUAGAACCCAUGGCCCUUGUGCCAGGGAGCAGCGAGGAUGGGCCUUGGCCUAGAGAUAGCCCAGGCUCCUCCCAGCACCCAGAAAGUCCUAGGCUGACCAGCCCCCUGUGGAUGGACAGAGGAGAAAUUGGCAGGGUUGAAGGUCACCAGGAUGUUCAGGUUAGUACUCCCCUCCCCUGUGUCUUGCUGCUGACUCAUCUUCCAGUUUGGUCCAAGCACCCUGCUUAUCCUAUUCAGGUGGUCUCUCAAAAGACUCGCCUGCCCUCCAUCGUGGUGGAAGCUUCUGAGGGGAGUGAAGAGAGCGGGGAGCUGGGUUGGCCACAAGAGGAGCUGCUGCUGCUCACUGAUGAGGAAGAGGAGGCCCAGGUCUUCUUCCAGGACCAAAGUGAAGAGGCAGGCUGGACUUGGAGCCCACUGGACCCCAGAUCUCCCUUAAGAACCUUUAACCCAGAACUCAGCUGGGGACAGGAACAGGUAGAACAAGAGGUCUCCUGGAUUCCUGAGGACACAGAGUAUCAGGAAGCCUCCAACCCCUGUCCUCUCUGGAACCCAGCAACAGGCUCCCAUGUGUGUAGAAGCUGCUUUGUGGAAUAUUCACACCUCCUGCCUCCCAGGAGCUUUGAGGGUUGA